GCGGGUGUUAGCAGCGGCGACCUUUAUUGAGUUCUUAAGUGCCGGGCCUAGUGCUCAGCGUUUCGCUUGCAUCAUCUGAGUUCAUCGGAGCAGCCCUGCUGGGCGAGGAGGUCGGGAUCCCCAUUUUACAGAUUCCUGUCUGACCAGAGUGACCUCAAAAAGGAAGGAAGAUGGCUUCUGAAUCUGAAACUCUGAAUCCCAGUGCUCGGAUAAUGACGUUUUACCCAACCAUGGAGGAGUUCCGGAACUUCAGUCGAUACAUGGCCUACAUUGAAUCCCAAGGAGCUCAUCGGGCUGGGCUGGCCAAGGUCGUUCCUCCAAAGGAGUGGAAACCUCGAUCGUCCUAUGAUGAUAUUGAUGAUCUGGUCAUUCCUGCCCCCAUCCAGCAGCUAGUGACAGGGCAGUCUGGCCUCUUCACUCAGUACAACAUCCAGAAGAAAGCCAUGACUGUUCGAGAGUUCCGCAAGAUAGCCAAUAGUGAUAAGUACUGUACCCCACGGUACAGUGAGUUUGAAGAGCUUGAACGGAAAUACUGGAAAAAUCUUACGUUUAAUCCCCCAAUCUAUGGUGCAGAUGUGAAUGGCACUCUCUAUGAAAAGCAUGUUGAUGAGUGGAAUAUUGGCCGGCUGAAAACAAUCCUGGACUUGGUGGAAAAGGAGAGUGGGAUCACCAUUGAGGGUGUGAACACCCCGUACCUGUACUUUGGCAUGUGGAAGACCUCCUUUGCCUGGCACACCGAAGACAUGGACCUGUACAGCAUUAACUACCUGCACUUUGGAGAGCCAAAGUCUUGGUACUCUGUUCCCCCUGAGCAUGGAAAGCGGUUGGAGCGCCUUGCCAAAGGUUUUUUCCCUGGAAGUGCUCAAAGCUGCGAGGCUUUUCUCCGCCACAAGAUGACCUUGAUUUCCCCUUUGAUGCUGAAGAAAUACGGAAUUCCCUUUGACAAGGUAACUCAAGAAGCUGGAGAAUUCAUGAUCACUUUCCCUUACGGUUACCAUGCCGGUUUUAACCAUGGUUUCAACUGUGCGGAGUCUACCAAUUUUGCUACCCGGCGGUGGAUUGAGUAUGGCAAACAAGCCGUGCUGUGCUCCUGUAGGAAGGACAUGGUGAAGAUCUCCAUGGACGUGUUUGUGAGGAAGUUCCAGCCAGAAAGGUACAAACUUUGGAAAGCUGGGAAGGACAGCACAGUUAUUGACCAUACCCUGCCCACACCAGAAGCAGCCGAGUUUCUUAAGGAGAGUGAACUGGCCCCGAGAUCCAGAAACGAGGAGUGUCCAGAGGAGGAUGACAUGGAAGGGCUUGAGGAUGGAGAGGAGGGUGACUUCAAGAGAAGUCUCGCCAAGCACCGUAUAGGGACAAAACGGCACCGAGUGUGUCUUGAGAUACCACAGGAGGUGAGUCAGAGUGAGCUCUUCCCCAAGGAGGAGCUGAGUACUGGACAGUACGACAUGACGGAGUGCCAGGCCGCCCUUGCUCCCGUGAGGCCCACCCAUAGCUCUGUGCGGCAAGUUGAGGACAAUCUUCCCUUCCCAGAUUAUUCUGACUCCUCUGAAGUCAAAUUUGAAGAGCUUAAAAAUGUCAAACUUGAAGAGGAGGAUGAAGAGGAAGAGGAGGAACAAGAAGCAGCCGCCUUGGAUCUUUCUGUGAAUCCUGCUUCUAUAGGGGGACGCCUUGUCCUCUCAGGUUCGAAAAAGAAAUCCUCUUCUAGCCUGGGCUCCAGUUCUUCUCGGGAUUCUAUUUCUUCCGAUUCAGAAACCAGUGAGCCUCUGUCCUGCCGAGCCCAAGGGCAGUCGGGAGUUCUCACUGUACACAGCUAUGCCAAAGGGGACGGCAGGGUCGUCAUGGGAGAGCCCUGCACGAGGAAGAAAGGGGGCGCCACCGGAAGUAUCAGUGAGCGGGAGCUGGCAGAGGUGGCAGAUGAAUACAUGUUUUCCCUGGAGGAGAAUAAGAAGUCCAAGGGCCGUCGUCAGCCCUUAAGCAAGCUCCCCCGCCAUCACCCACUCGUGUUGCAGGAUUGCGUCAGUGAUGAUGAGUCGUCUGAACAGCUGACCCCUGAGGAGGAGGCUGAGGAGACAGAGGCCUGGGCCAAGCCCCUGAGCCAACUAUGGCAGAACCGACCCCCGAACUUUGAGGCUGAAAAGGAAUUCAAUGAGACCAUGGCCCAGCAGGCCCCUCACUGCGCUGUCUGUAUGAUCUUUCAGACUUACCAUCAGGUUGAGUUUGGAGGCCUUAGUCAGAGCUGUGGAAACACUUCAGCUCUGGCCCCCCAGAAGCAGAGGACCAAGCCAUUGAUUCCAGAAAUGUGUUUCACCUCCACUGGCUGCAGCACAGACAUCAACCUUUCUACCCCUUACCUUGAGGAGGACGGCACUAGUCUUCUAGUUUCCUGCAAGAAGUGCAGUGUCCGCGUCCAUGCCAGUUGCUAUGGGGUUCCCCCGGCAAAGGCUUCUGAAGACUGGAUGUGUUCUCGAUGUUCAGCCAAUGCCCUGGAGGAGGAUUGCUGUUUGUGCUCACUACGAGGGGGAGCCCUACAGAGAGCCAAUGAUGACAGGUGGGUCCACGUCUCAUGUGCUGUGGCAAUUUUGGAAGCAAGGUUUGUCAACAUUGCCGAAAGAAGUCCAGUGGAUGUGAGCAAAAUUCCCUUGCCCCGCUUCAAACUGAAAUGCGUCUUCUGCAAGAAGCGGAGGAAAAGAACCGCUGGCUGCUGUGUGCAAUGUUCUCAUGGCCGUUGCCCAACUGCCUUCCAUGUGAGCUGUGCCCAGGCUGCUGGGGUGAUGAUGCAGCCCGAUGACUGGCCUUUUGUUGUCUUCAUUACCUGCUUUCGACACAAGAUCCCUAAUCUGGAGCGUGCCAAGGGGGCCUUGCAGAGCAUCACUGCAGGCCAGAAGGUCAUUAGCAAGCACAAGAACGGGCGCUUCUACCAGUGUGAGGUGGUCAGGCUCACCACUGAGACCUUCUAUGAAGUCAACUUUGAUGAUGGUUCCUUCAGUGACAAUCUCUAUCCUGAGGACAUAGUGAGUCAGGACUGUCUCCAGUUGGGUCCUCCUGCUGAAGGAGAAGUGGUCCAAGUGAGAUGGACAGAUGGCCAAGUCUACGGAGCCAAAUUUGUGGCCUCCCACCCCAUCCAGAUGUACCAGGUGGAGUUUGAGGAUGGCUCACAGCUUGUGGUUAAGAGAGAUGACGUGUACACGCUGGAUGAAGAGCUUCCCAAGAGAGUCAAGUCUAGACUGUCUGUAGCCUCAGACAUGCGCUUCAACGAGAUUUUCACAGAGAAGGAAGUUAAGCAGGAAAAGAAACGGCAACGAGUGAUCAACUCAAGAUAUCGGGAAGAUUACAUUGAGCCUGCACUAUACCGAGCCAUCAUGGAGUAGGUGCUUCCAGGGGCCAACCGGUGCCCAGCCAUCAAGGCGAGAGCACUGUGGGGUUCCACAGCACAGCAGACCCUUGGAACUCUGAAGGCUCUGAAAGUGAAGUUGUACAAUGAAAAGGAAUGGAAUAACUGA